AUGAUUCAGUUAUCACAAUCAGUAAUCGAACCCGUUUAUCGGGUUGUGUUACCCCCAACUCAAAAAGUCUCCACUAACAUAGACAAAUCCCAUGAUAAUGUGGAACCUGUUUACAGCACACCCAUUUCGAAAAUUCUCCAAAAGACAACUACCCUCAGAGAAAAGGAGACUACAAUGCCGAGAAGCGUAGCACCCCCAGCUCCGGAAAAAACGUGUGAAUUCAAAUUUAAAGUAGCCGUCGAAGACUCUGGAUUCAACUGUAGAGAUUUGGAACUUAUCACACAAGUUGCUAAACUGAAGCGGAGUCAUAACCGCAUGGAAAGGACAUUGAUUGAGAACGAGCGUCGCAUGCACUUACUCGAGAGUGAACUGAUCAAGUUGUCGACUUCAUUAUCUUUGCGGGUACAACAGGCGUACCGUUUACCGAAAGAAAUACAACCGGAUCAGGGUUUUGAAAACAUCACAAAACAACUACCGAAAGGCAUGCAACUGAAUGGCAUUCGCUUAACGUACGGCACACACGGCAACGUUGAAGUGAUGGUAAACGGAGAAUGGGGUACUGUGUGCGAUGAUAAUUUUUCGUUACUGGAAGCCAAUGUCAUCUGCAGAGAACUGGGUUUCACUGAAGCAAAACGGGCCACGAAGCGUUCACAUUUUGGCAAAGGAAAGGGACCUGUCUGGUUCAAUGAUCUCCACUGUACCGGAAACGAAAACAGUUUGUUCAUGUGUCAGAGGGCACAUCGCGUGACAUCGAAUUGUAACCACGCUGAAGAUGCUGGAGUAGUUUGUUCAGGCGUCCCUCUUCGUUUGACCAACGGCCAUUACGGCCGAGUGGAGGUACAUAUGAAUGGUCAGUGGGGGACAGUGUGUAAUGCAGGAUUCGAUACGGAAGAUGCUGAGGUUGUGUGUCGGCAGAUGGGCUUCAUGAAUGUUCAGCGGGUAAUGGAAUCAUCCCUGUUUGCCGUUGGAAGCGGACCUAUUUGGAUGACUGAUGUCAGCUGCACCGGACACGAAUCAAACUUUUUCGAUUGCUACUGGUCAACACCGCAGGAUAAGGAGGUCUGUGAUCACACCAAUGACGCUGCCAUCGAAUGUGGAUCUAACUACUGCGAAAAUUGCUAA